AUGCUUUGCCACACACCCCCCAUCGUCGCACUGGUAGUCGCCAAGCCCCUUCAGCCCGGCAACUUUUUGCCAGGACGGCACAGUGCCAGCAUGUACGUUUUUGCCCACCUCGACUCAAUUGGUAGGAUUACUUUGCGCAUCGUCGCGGUGGCUGCUGCUGUUGGAUCGCAAUCGUCAAGGGUCUACGUGUACAUACCUUGUCCAGGGGCUGUGACGACGACAUUGCAGCCACAGGAUGACGUCCGCACAAAUGCGUACUACUUGCACGGUCGGUCAAUGGAGUGA